UAAUUUAAAAAUAUAAUUAAUACCGAAAAAUGGGAAAGUGUUCAGUUCCUUUUUGUAAAGGAAAAGCUACUUUUACUUUUCCAAAAUACGAAAAACGUCAGAUUCUUUGGGAAAAAGCCAUAAGUAUCAAUUUUCAAUCAUCAAAAUCAUCAAGGUUAUGGUCAAUCCAUUUCGAAAAAGAUUUAAUUGUUGAAAAAAAAGAGAGUUUUUAUACAGGAGUCACAACAUCCAAGAAGUAUUUAAAACCUAAUGCUGUACCAACACUUAUGUUGGAGCUUGAAGCAGAAAAAUCAAGGCGUUCAGAAAAAAUUCGAAAAGCUCUUUUCGAAGAAGGUUCUAACGAUUCAUCAUCAUCAUUGCCUUUAUCGCUUUUGGAUGAUCCAAUGAAUAUCUCCGAAAAUAUUGCCCAGUUUGAUCGAAUCACUGAUAAAGAAUUGUAUAUUAACAAUUGUUCAACAAUCUCAAGCAUGUCAUACAUCCCCACUGAUUACUAUAAUAUCGAUGUACAAAUGGAAGAAGAGGUCUAUUCAUUGCCAAUGCCAGAAAGUAGUAAUGCAGAUGACAUGGAAUCAAAUCAUGUGAAAUCUUUGGGAGUGAAAAAACAAAAAUCAUCUGCCGUGAGAAAAAAAUGUUUUAGUUCAGUUGAUCGCAUUACAUAUGUUAAAGGUCAAGUUAACUCUGUAGAACCUGAGGACAUAUUUUUGUUAAUACUUAUGAAGUUACGAAGAAAUAUUUCAGAUUUUGGAUUGAGUAUCUAUUUUGGAAUUAGCGAAGCUGUUGUCCGCAAUAUUUUUAAUACUUGGAUCCAUAUGAUUCACCAGCUUUGGUCAUUGAUAGAUACUUGGCCAUCCCGAGAAGUUGUCGACUUCUAUAUGCAAGAAGGAUUUAAAAAGUUAUAUCCAUCAACAAGAGUCAUUGUUGAUGCUACUGAAAUACCCAUUGAUAAGCCAUCAAAUCUAAUAGCUCAACAAGCAACAUUUAGCACAUAUAAGAACAAAAAUACUGUGAAAGUAUUAGUAGGAGGAUCACCUGACGGCAUUUUAUGCUAUCAUUCUGCAGCGUAUGGAGGUAGUACAAGUGAUAGGCAAAUAGUAGAAAGAUCGGAUCUCGUUAAAAAAUGUCAAAAAGGUGAUUCCGUAAUGGCAGAUCGUGGUUUUAAUGUGCAAGAUAUUUUUGAAUCACAGGGAGUAACUGUCAAUAUACCUCACUUUUUGAAAGGUAAACAACUUCCUAGUGUGACAGUAUUAUCCGAUCGCAAAUUAGCAUCGAAACGGGUACACAUUGAACGAUGA